CGUUUUUGCAGUGACUGCCUUACACUACCGGUUUGUUUAACUACUGUCUCCUGGCAAUAAAAAUAAAAAAUCUUUUGAAAAUGCUUCUUUGUUUUUAUUGUGCUUGUUUUAAAUAGCCGAUUUUGCACUUUCAUUCCCAUUAUUAUUUUUCGAAUUUAUGGCCUAUUAAACUAUAGAUAUUCAGAGGUUUCACUGUUUAGCCAAUAGAGCUGAAACUGCUCACUUAGACCCGAAAAAAAAUAUACAAGUUAUAUUGCAUUCUACUCGUUCCAAUCAAUUGAUUCUCUAGCGUUUCUAUUCAGUUGAAUCAUGUUUUAAAAACGGUGAUUCAGUGCAAUUUCUAGAAAAUAUCCGUUUUAAUAGUUAUCGUUGCAAAGUCAAUUAAUUCGUUUUUGUUUUGUAUUCACUCCGAUUUUACGAGCUAUAUAAAACUAUUAAAAAUUGGUAAUAACGUCUGAUCAUGUUUCUCUUUUUGGUUUUCGCCUCUCCUUUUUUAUAGUCAUUCAAUUCAACGAAGAACUAUAGCUACCAUAAGUACACAAAUGCUCUGAAAAAGAAAUGACCACACAGUAAGUAAUGGUCAAAUAAUCACCAAGUUACUGCGAACAACUUUCGAAUAGAGCAACAGCACAAAAACUAAGUCAAGCCUGCAUUAUUAUUACAUUGCUCACGAUUCUGGCUGCUUGAAUACUCCUUAAAUCUAAAUAGUCUACCAGUUUUACAUUUUGGCUCGCAUUUUGCUGUUUUUUUUUCCUCGUGGUUUUUGAAGAUAAACCACGCGAUAUCUACAAUUGUUUUGGAAAUGAAGUUGCUGAUUACUUCCUUAAUUAUAUCUUCCUUCUUGAUUUCCAAGCAUGCGUCGACUACAAACCCUGCGAUCACUCUGAAUGAGUCAACAGACUCGACUCUGACUCUUACAAUAACGGUCGACAGUGGAGAUCCAGUUGUGGGUGAUAUCACAAUUAGCCCUACUUCGAUCCCAGCUGCGGACAUUUCUGAAUCAACCACAACCGAUAACCAAUUCACAUUCAGUGGACUGCUACAUGGGACAUGCUAUUCCAUCUCUUACUUGACAACAACAACUAAACAAGCAUGCACUAAAGUGCAAGUCAGUCCUCAAGAUGAAACAACAUCCAGUGUGAAUUUGAAUGUGGAUUCCAGUUCCGGUGACGUCACUGCAGCCACUGCUGUCUACACAGACAAAAAUGGGACACCUCAAACCGUAGGUGGUACUGUAACAGGAUCUGCUGUCUCGAUUGCUGUGAUUACUCUGGAAGGAGGAACCAAGUAUACAGCAGAGAUCAAUGGAGUUACUGUUACUUAUACGGGAGAUAAUCUUCCGACAAAUCAUUCGUGGGCUGCGGACAGUGUCGAAUUCUGUUCGAAACCCAAGCCAGUUCAGACUGUGGCUCUAACUGCGGAUACAACUCCGUCAUUGGAUUCGGUCAGUUUGACGGUGACAUUGUUGGGUGCCCCUGUCAAUGCAGAUUCAGUGAUGAAGAUAAAGCCCACUUGUGGGACAACAGCAGAAUCCGAACAAGACUGUUCUGCAUCUCCCACCUGUACUGUGUCUCCCUUGAGUGUUGCGGGGUGUGAGUACACGAUGGCUGUGCGGAUGGUGUGUGAAGUGUCUGGUCACGAUGCAGUUGAUAGUGAGCUUGUAACCUUCAGCACAUGCACAAAACCAGUUCCGCCGAACUUGGGUGCGAUAUCUGCAAUAGAGACUGCCGCCUUCUCAAUUGCUGGCAUCUCUGUUGCGAGUGGAUUUGCCUCCAAGUACUCGAUUAGCAUCAGGUGUAACCAAACAGCUACCCCUGAUGCCGAAGUAUGGGGAAACUCGAAUAUUACUGACGGCUCGGCAGCUAUAGCUGUGGAUAGUUUGGUUCCAGGAUGCAAACACGAGAUAACAAUUGCUUCUUUCUGUGUGGUUGAAGGUGACCCUUCAAAGGAUACAAAAAGCGAGGACAAGAUCGUCUAUCAGUGUACAAAACCAGCCAUCAUUGACACUGGAAGCAUUGAUGUUGACAUUUCACCGGUCAGAAUCACUAUUACCGGAGUCACAAGCACAAGUAACGGUGUGUACGAUACUUAUGGGAUUAAAUCCAUUGAUGGUAGUGAUCAAACGGAUCCUUUGAGUACCGAGGCAACUGGCUUGACCGCUGGAACAUGUUACAAUUUUGGGAUUGUUUUACUCUGCGGAACUCUAGAGGGCGAUGUUGCUACAGCACCAUUGUGUUCUGGUAUACCCCUGACUGUGGGGUCCCAAACUACAACUGGCGCAACUCUUACAUGGCCUAUGGAUGGUCAAUCGCUCACUGCGAAUAGUGUAUCGGUAACAACCUACUCGAUAACAGUCGAUUCCAGCAGUGCACAAGCAGGAACUGCCUCGGUUGACUUCGCAAUGACAGAUUUGAACCCACCAGGUUCUGUUCACAACGUUUCGGCGUCCGUAAUUCUUGACAACGGGCAGACAUUACAAUCUGAUGCUGUGAAUUUCUGUCUGAAACCAGAGAUGGCGAGUGUAACAGCAGAAGAAACAUCCGCUACUUUGGAUUCAAUUGCACUGACUGCUCUUGCAGUAACAUCUGGCGACUCUUCAGGAUUUGAAGUAGAGCUAUCGGGUUGUAGUUUGGCGGCAACACAGUCUGUGGACGACCUAGCUUCCGCUUCUGUUCAGUUCACCUCUCUGAUUAGUCCUGGCUGUCUUCAUAACGUCACCAUUAAAAGCUAUUGUGAAACAGGAGAGGCUAAAGUAUACGGCGAUGAUUUGGUCUUCAAACAAUGCACAGAACCCGAUAAAGUAACUGCAGUAACAGUGGCAGCCGACUCCAUCACGACCAAUUCAAUCAAUCUGAUGAUAACUAAGCCGACUGGUAAUCCCAAUUCAGUCAUAGCUGUAGAACCCAUUUGUGAAAGUACAGCCGAAGAUGAACAGUACCCAAUGUGUACUGGAACUGAGGAUGAAGUUGUCUGUGUAAUUGAUAGCUUGCUAAGAGCUGGCUGCAGUUACACUUUCAAAGUUCGAAUGAUAUGUGGAAAAGAUGAAGCUGCGCCAUCGAACAGAAUCUACAGUGCCGAAGUCAACCUCACUUCAUGCAUAAUCCCGAACGAGGUGCAGCCGAAGACGAAUUUCACUUUUGACACCACCAGCAUAACUCUGACAGGAAUCCAUCAGUUGGAUAGCUCUGGAAUGUUCGAAGAUUUCUGGUUUGUAAAUCCAGAUAUUCCAAGCGAAUACGUGAAAACAGUGUCUGGACUUGAGCCUGGAUCUUGUCACACGAUUGAAGUUGUUUUGCAAUGUGGAGUUUUAUAUGGGUCGCCUAUUGGCCACAAGUACUGCACGCAGCAUGAAGUUGAAAUUCAAGAUGGCUCUGAAACUUUAGAAGGUGUGACACUAAUUGCUCCGAUAGAUGCAGGGAGCUCAGGAGUCACUGUCACGUCCUACACUUACUCGGUCGAUGACGUUGAAAGUGAUCCUAAAGCAGCUCCUCUAAAUGAAGCAUGGAUAAUCACUGGUAUUACACCUCCGGGAAGUGUACAUAAUAUCUCGACUACUGUUCGCUUUUCAACCAAUGAGGAUUCCGAAUCUGCAACCAUUGAUUUUUGUCUGAAACCGGAAGUAGCUACUAUACCAGAUGACCAAACAACAGUGGGAAUAAAUGAUUUCACGCUCACAAACAUGUCAGUGGCUAAUGGCAAAUUCACAGGCCAUAAAGUGGUUGUUUCUGGUGCUGCACCAUGUGAGUUAACUGCUGUGAAUAACAUUGUGCUGACAGGAGGUAAUGUUAGUUUUGCUGGUUUGAUCCCUGGAUGUAUUUAUGACGUGGUCGCGACUAGUUUUUGCCAACCUGACGGAACAGGCGACGACGCGGGCAAGGUAGAAGGGGCGCCACUCUCAGAAAAGCAAUGCACAAGACCCGAAAAUUUGGAUGCAACCGACUUGAACUUUACGAGUGAUCCCACCAAUUUAGUGGAUUUUGGAAAUAUUAAGGUCACUGCAGGUCAAGCCUCUGUGAGAAUUUCGAUGACUUCGCCAGGAUAUGUCUGUACUAACAAAUCAGCAGUCAUCCCAGGUGUAACUGCGGAAGCUCCGUUUUCAACUGGCCAAAUUACAGGUUUGAUCAGAGGCUGUCCUUAUGAUGUAACGAUUCAGCCGUUUUGCGAAACAGAUGCGAGCUCAGAGGAAUCAAUCGAGUACAAUUCGGCAAGUCACGUGGAUCGUCAACUAUGCACUAUUCCUGAUGUUAUAAGUGGAAUGAAUGUUUCUGACCCGACCGUGACCGAUACGCUGGAAGUGAAGAGUGUGUCAGUUACUGACGGUUCUUCGUUUGUAGACUUACAAGUGAAUGCGUGGUGUGAGGCGGAUAACAGUGUCAGCAGACCUGGUCUGGAAUUUGACUCGGACCUUUUUAAUAUAACUGGUUUGAGUCCAGGGUGUCCAUAUGUUGUGGGCGUGAGUUUGAGAUGUUACUUCGGCAGUGAUGCCUCCUCGGCAAAAGUGGGAGCUCAGGCAAAUUUCACCUUCUGCACAAAACCAGUUCCGCCGAACUUGGGUGCGAUAUCUGCAAUAGAGACUGCCGCCUUCUCAAUUGCUGGCAUCUCUGUUGCGAGUGGAUUUGCCUCCAAGUACUCGAUUAGCAUCAGGUGUAACCAAACAGCUACCCCUGAUGCCGAAGUAUGGGGAAACUCGACUAUUACUGACGGCUCGGCAGCUAUAGCUGUGGAUAGUUUGGUUCCAGGAUGCAAACACGAGAUAAAAAUUGCUUCUUUCUGUGUGGUUGAAGGUGACACUCCAAACGAAACAAAAAGCGAGGACGAGAUCGUCUAUCAGUGUACCAAACCUUUGGCCUUCACUGCAGCGGUAAUAGGAGAAUUGGUGGAACCUACCUUACUGGAGAUAGUCCAAGUAGGAAAUGAGGCAGACACUUAUUGGUCCACAUACACAGUACAAGUCAUUUCUUCAGAAGAAGUGUCUGACUUCGAGAUACUUCUGGAAUCGAACACCGAUGCGACCCUCAAUGUCUCUGGUUUGACGCCGGCGACAAUGUACAAUUUCACAAUCACGCCUUACUGCGAUCAAAUAGCGGGAGACGAGUUUGCGAUCAAAAAUAUUGUAACAGAGCCACUUCCAUUGAACUUCACGAUAUCGACCGAAACUUCUUCCUCGUGUGAAAUAACAGUAGAGCUUCCUACGGAUGGAACGGCAACUUUCUACCAGUAUGCGUUCUCCAUCUCAAACCAAAGCGCCCUUACCACAUUCGGGGACCUGGACAGCAGUAGAACUAGAACAUUCGAAUCACUAUCGGCUGCAACUGACUACACCAUCUAUGCUAAAGUGAAGUAUAAUCACACUGGGACGGACAGGGAGCCUAUUGAUAGCGAAGUGUCUUCGAUGGUCUGCAAAACCAGUCCUCUGUCAUUCAGUGAAGUUGAAAUCCCAGAGGCAGACAUCGGAUCAGUAUCACUCAAAAUAAAAGCAACUUACCCAAGUGAGGAGACCCUAGAGGAAAGCACAAUUGUGGAGAUCAGGGCAUUUGUUGUGGACCCAGCUGACCUUUCAGCUGAUGUUGAGGCGUCGUAUGAGGCGCCCACUUCAUGUCUACUUGAGACUGUUGGCGGAAAUGAAGUGUGUUCGAAGGUGUAUGAGAGAGUGGUGAAUGGACUGACCCCCGGCACUAAUUACUCCUUCCGAGUCUACGCUUUCUAUGGCAGUACAUUGGCCACACAAUACACCAAUGUUACAGCUGGCAAAGCUACAUACGGUUGUAUGGAAAUCGGAGACGAUGAGUGUGAGUUGCCAGAUGGUAGUGCGGAUUUGCCAGAGAACUACAGGUGUGUUGCCGGAUAUGCCACCAACCUCACGUCUGGACGAUGCGCAGAUACAUGUGCGGACGGAGGAACUAGACCGAACAACAAACAAGACACAUGUGUUGCAAGUUGUGCAUUCGGCAGCACCCACUGCACUUGUGGGGACAAAUUCGACCUGCUCACUUGUCUGUGCCACGCCGGAACACUGCUCCACCCCGCAACAGCACAGUGCAGCCGCAACUGUGACCCCGGACAGGCGCAUUGCAGAGUAUCCGAUGGCAGUUUGUGUGCUGCCGAGGGUGGGGGCUGUUUCUGUGAGAACAACUACUUCAUUCAAGUGAAAGGGGACGAGAUUGGAUGCACAGAAUCGUCUGGUUCGUUUUGUGACCCCCUUAGAGGAGACACCAUCUUCUCCCCCUCUUCUGGAAGUGAAGAGGACAACCACUGCAACUGCUUCUCCCCCUCCCAGACCUCAUCCUGCGCAUGUAAGACUGGGUAUCUAUCGGACACCAUGGACAACACAAGGUGUGUGGAUAUAGUGUGUAAUCGAAAUAUGCUGUCUGCGGAUGGGAGAGAAGGGGUUUGCAAGUGUCCGGAUGAGGAUAACGUCACCAGCUGCAGAUGCGUGGCCGGAUACGGGCCAGACGACAAUGCACAGUGUUCCACUAACUGUAAUGGAACAUCUAACAGCACCAAUUGCAUAGUAUCAAACUCGUCGCCCCAAACCCAAUGUUCAGAAGACACUCCUGAAAAUGAGACGUGUGUUUGUAAAGCAGGAUUCGUAGUGAACUAUGAUAGUGUAAACAAGAAGAAUGUUUGUGUGCGUGGUUGUUUCUCUACUGUGAUUGCUCACUUCAUAGGCACUGAGGCGCUGUACGCUGACGCGGACAAGUGCACAUGUCAGGAUGAGUUCGAUGCCACUACAUGUGACUGUCUGGCUGGAUAUGUGAUGAAUGAUGGAGUGUGCACAAGGGAGUGUGCGGCGGCAGUGGGGGCCAAUUGUAUCACAGACAUUGCGACUAGAGCCAACUGCAGCCAGAGACAGAGUGGAUCUACUGCAGAGUGUUUCUGUGCCCCUGGAUUCCAGCCAGUGGUCAGAGGCCCCUUCAUCGACUGUGAAGUUCUUCCGUCCGACACGUGUAACCCCAGUCUCUCCACAGUCGGCUGUUCCUGCUCUGACUUCCACUCAAUAUCCACGUGCAGCUGCUCCUCUGGCUAUGCCACCGAUCCAGACACCCCCAACACGUGUGUGAAGGCUGUCCAGAUCACAGUGAAAGUGACAUUCGAUGUAGUGUUCGAUUCGAGGUUACUGGAAACAGAUUCACAGACAUACAGAGAAGAGAAGGCGCGAUAUGAACUACUGCUGUUCAACAUUCUCAGAGUGGACAAUGACCGAUUGGUGCGUGUAAUUGUGACCGGUUUCAGUCAGGGCUCAACCAAGGUGGACUCCAUAGUUGUACAAAAGGUGAGUGAUGCUGAGGGGACAGCUGAGUCAGAGAGGCAGUUGGCAGCCAGGACAGAUGAGACGCUGAACAAUCCACAGACUCAACAGGACAACCGCAUCCUCACAGUCUCAGUUGAAACCGUAGAAAAUCCCAAUGUCGCGGACAGUCAGGACGGGGACGAUGGUCAUGACACCCUGGAGACAUACUUGCUGGUGUUGAUCAUUCUGGUGGCAGUGGUGUUGUUCUUUCUCCUCAUCAUCCUCAUCGUCUAUGUCUGUCUCAAAAAUCAGCAGAAAUCCCAUACCAUACAUGGAAAUGAGGACGAGUUCGACAAUAUGUACGCUCUCAGAAGUGUUGAGGCGGACAGAAGUGAAAAUGGACAACAGCGGGAGACGAAGCGCAAUGGGAGAAGAUUUGAGACAAAUGAAGGAUACAACAGGACCAACAGCGAGGUGUAUGAGGGUCAACGAGAGAGCAGGUUAGAUUCCUCUAACGGAGCAGCACAGUCCCCUCCCCAACAGCAGCAGCAGCAGCAGCAGCAGCAGCAAAACAGACGCGGCUCGGGGGCAGCCAAAACACCUGCGCCAGUAACCCCUCAGCAGAAGAAUGCAGGACCAGUGGCUGCUCUGUAGUUGAAUCAGUGUCGGCGGAAAGGUACCUGUGAAAAACGAAUCUGAACCUGAAAAUGAAGAUGCAAAAAAUUGACCUAAUGAGAACAAAUAACUCUGAAUUGUGAAAUGAGCUGAUUAAAUGUAUACUAUUUCUGGUUAAUUUUCAAUGCUAACUGAACCAAUAUUUCGAAAAAUGUAAUAUUAACAAUCAUCAUUUUAGAGCAGAUUCAAAACAUAUCAGAUGGAAUGGGACUCUAUUUUGUAAUACUUCAUGUUUAGAUAGAAAAAAGUUAUGGAAGACUUGGUGAUAACACUAAAGUAGGUGGAAAAUUUCAAAAACUUAAC